GAUAAUGAUAUUGAAAAUUAUAUCCGUGUCCGGAAAAGCUGUUUGUUUAGAAUAUGAUAAUACAAAAAAAAAUAAAUCCGUACCCGGAAAAGCUAUUCGUUUAGAAGACGAUUAUACUGUAAAUUCUACAUAUGUGAAUUCUGAGUCAGAGGGAGUUGAAAAAUCUUUGAUUGUCAUUGACAAAAAAUUGGAUAUUAUGAACAGAUACAUAAUAGCGAUGAAAAAUGCCAUAGAGAACAUAAGCGUUGACAUCCAAACAUCUGUGAAGACAAAUAUUUGUGCUAACAGCAAAAUUCGCCUACCAAUAAGAUCUGACCAAGAUUUAUUGACUCUUGAAGAGUUGUCGAAAUCUCAGCAGGGACAAAUUGGUUUACGAGAGAGAUUCAGCAUAGAGUCAUCUGAAUCAAUGUACGGAUUUUUUAGAUCUAUUGUGCAGCUGCUGUUCGCGAAUACUGUCCGUUAUACGUGGACUGGUAAGUCUGCGUAUAAUGCUCAGUAUGGCACAGCAUCUGGCAAUGCGUCUGAACUUCAUAUAGUUGAUGUUCUUAUAGAUGUUGCACAAACAAAAUAUCAUGUUGAUCGAAGCCGUUCCAAAACCGAAUUUAUGAGAGCACUACACAACUUUAAUGAAUCAGUAGCAUCUCGUCGAAAGCGUAAAAAUAAUGACAAUACCUAA